AUGGUGACCGUGUCCAGGGUCUUGCUGGUGCUCCUGCGCCUCCUGCAGCUUACCAGCGCCGUCAUCGUGCUCGGAAUCCUCGGCUACUUCUUCUACCUCGUCAAGGAUGCCGGCGUCAUUGAGCCAAAUGCGAGACUUGUCUACGCCGCCCUCACUCGCACCCACACCUGCCAGGAGGACUGGUACAGAAACUACUGGGGCUUCUACUGGGCCCGCUGGUACCUGACGGAUUCCCCCGGUGUCGACAUGGUAGUCACCGGCUGUAGGGCGUGGCGCACUGUCCUGGCGUUCUCUUUUAUUCCGGUAACUCUGUACCUUGCCAGUGAACUUGACACUUCUAUGCCUGCUUACACCAAGCCGACUGUGCCUCUUGAUGCUAUGGCCCUGGUAAUUUAUAGCCACGCUGUCUCGGUGCUUCUCUACCAGGUCCUUGGGCGUAUGGAGUAG